UGGGUACUUGGUUUCCUCUGGUUCCUGGUCCCCAUCAUCUUCAUUUCCCAGAUGUCCUUCUGUGGAUCCAGGACUAUUGACCACUUCCUGUGUGACCCAGGCCCUCUGCUAGCACUGACUUGCAAAAAAGCCCCUGUGAUAGAGCUGGUCUUCUCCAUUCUAAGUCCCCUGCCUCUCAUUAUCCUUUUUCUCUUCAUCAUGGGGUCUUAUGCUCUGGUCAUAAUAGCUGUAUUGAAGGUUCCUUCAGCAUCUGGGAAAAGAAAGGCAUUCUCCACCUGUGGGUCUCACCUGGCUGUGGUUUCAUUGUUCUAUGGCUCAGUACUGGUCAUGUAUGGGAGCCCAACAUCUGAGCAUGAGGCAGGAAUGCAAAAGCUUGUGACUCUGUUUUACUCUGUCUUGACCCCACUCCUCAACCCUGUGAUUUAUAGUCUUAGGAACAAACAUAUGAAGACAGCCCUGAAGAAAUUUCUGGGGAUAUAA